AUGGCUGCGGGGCUGCGGCUGCUGCUGGCGGUUCUGCCCGCAGCGUUGUUCCAGUUCUCUGCUUCAUCUGAGUGCCAUUUCCUGAACGGCACCGAGCGGGUGAGGUUUGUGCAGAGGUACAUCUACAACCGGCAGCAGUACGCGCACUUCGACAGUGACAUGGGGAAAUUCGUGGCCGAUACACCGCUGGGAGAGCCGUCAGCUGAGAACUGGAACAGCAACACCGAGAUUCUGGAGGACUCACAGGGUGCAGUGGACACGUACUGCCGACACAACUACGGGGUUGGAGAGUCCUUCACGGUGCAGAGGAGCGUGGAGCCCAAGGUGCGGGUCUCGGCGCUGCAGUCGGGCUCCCUGCCCGAAACGGACCGCCUGGCGUGCUACGUGACGGGCUUCUACCCGCCGGAGAUCGAGGUGAAGUGGUUCCUGAACGGGCGCGAGGAGACGGAGCGCGUGGUGUCCACGGACGUGAUGCAGAAC